AUGAUUCCAGACGAACGACACCUAGCGGUAGUUUCUCACCCAUUAGUUCACGCUUACUCGGCCCCUCAGUCGCGACGUAACUCCGCCAGCUGUGGCCGAGGGUCCAGCAACAAGACCCUGGACGUCGCGACGCCUCGAACCUACAGUCUUCCAAACUGUGUGCAGAAAACCUCAACGGUGGCGCAGUUCUCCGGAGGAUCUCACCUGGGCCACGUGCAGCUACUCGUGCCCGGGCACCCUGAGGUCCUGUGCAAGAGCCUGUCUUCCAGAAGUCUGUGCAGCUCUCCCUCCGUGUCUUUCCCUGCAUCCUCCUCACGUUCAUCGCAUCACUCUUCCUCCGAAUCGGAAGCCCUGUCAAAAGAUUUUCUAGGGGUCAGAGACAUUUCCACGGACAACGGCCCUAAGCCUGUGAGGUCAGACGUCGAGCGCUUGCCGUCGUUGCCCCUGACCUCAAGUGACUUUUGUCAACGGACUGUUGUCUCUACGUCAUCACACUUAUCGCCCUCGGGGCAACAACAGAGGACACAUAUGGGCUGUCUCGGGCAGCAGCCGUCUCCUGUUUCCAGCUCCGAAAGGACUUUUGUGUGCCCUAGAUUCCGCGGGAGGAUGGGAACCCUUUCGACAGGAGUGUCUGCCGUAGGGCACCAGCAUUUAGCUUCGGAGGAAAGAACUUGCCCCUUGACCCUUAGCGAAGUGCCCGCUCCUUUGUCUUACUUUAGGGUAGUGGUGUUUGGAGAUGACGGGGUGGGGAAGACUACCCUCGUCAGACAACUCGCUGAUGGAGACUACUGUGACGCAGUGAAUGACGAACAAGAAGAUGACCUGCAUCAGAUCCUUUUGUCCGUGGAGUUGGACGAGGAGGAGUCAGCAAUGGAGGUCGUUGACAGCCCAGUGAAUACAGACAUAGACAGCCUGAGGCCAGAUGCCUUUCUUGUGGUCUACUCAGUUUCUGACCGAAAGUCCUUUGAGACAGCAGCGGAAGUGACGCAACAUCUCCGAAGUGAUCUCGGCACAGACCGGACGGUCUACCUCGUGGCCAACAAGACCGACCUCAGGCGACAGCAGCGUGUGUCCCAGAAAGAAGGCAGACGACUCGCCGAUGCGAACGACUGCCAGUUCAUGGAAAUUUCUGCGGCUUUGCGCGUGAACGUCGACGUGCUGCUGAUGGGGGUGUUGACGCACAUCCGAAGACAGCUCGUUCUGCCAGGGGAGAUAACUCCCACGAGCAUCCGCUAUUCCAAGCGCCGUGCUUCCUCCCCUGCUCGUGCCUUUCACUUUUUUUCCAAACUGCUUCGCCACGCUCAGGGGGCGAAAAAGGUCAACGUUGAGCAUUCAAGGUUCAAGCACGGUGUACACCGAUGACUGAUGACUGUUCAUCGUCAACACUUUCCGUAUUUCUCUGGCGCAGCCA